AUGACUUCACAUCAAGAUGUGGAUGAAAACGUGAAAAUCAUUGACUUUCAAGAUGCUGGUCUGCCACAACAAGAAGAGCUUGAUUCGAUAAUGGAGACCUUGGAAGGAAUGGAAAGCAAAUUCAAAUCGUCCUUUCAGGAAAUAGAUGAAGCUUUUCGGGAUCUAAACAUCAAAAUCGAUGAGGGUAAUGGUAGAUUCAAUGGACUUGUGAACGAAAUUUUCACAAAUUUCGACGACUUUAAAAGAAAAAGAAAGCUACAGACGAUGAUGAGGAAGAGGGUGAGUACGUACCAACCCCCCCUCCCCCCCCCCCCGCCACUACAAAGUCCAAAAUCUUUUCAACGUUAGGUUAAAUUGCAAGCCUAAGCGUUUUUACGGUCUGUGAAAUGAGGCAAGUAACUUGUAAAAUCCUUUGUUAUCUCUUUGGAUUCAUUCUGAAUUAAGCAGGUCAAUCGCUUAUCAUUAUCUUAACUAAGCCAACAAGCUGCUUGUAGCUCAGACGUUUAUGUACAAAUGAGCGAUUUUUUUCCACAGUUUGCCAAUCCCGGGCUGCCAAUAGACCUUUCCACGAUUUUUUCAACUUGUGACGUGGAUAAGUUAGGGAAAAUCUACACCAUUGGGAAAAGCGCCUUAAAAUUAGUAAAAUUGUCAAGAUUGAAAGUGUUUUGUUGAAAACUAACGAAGAUAAUAGCUCCUCAAAGUGGCGAAAUGAAAUAAUAUGGUGGGGGGCACAAACUUGCCCCCACCAUAAAAUCGCCUGUAAAUUUUCGCAACUCUGCGAAGGUAUAUCUUCGCUUGCUUUUCAGAUUAGACCAAGAGAGGAUAAAGUUACCUCGCGCGCUGCGUGGAUGAUUCGCGGAGGUUUCGCAUGACUAAACGUUUCUAUAAUAAAGCAAGUAGAACGCCAAGUGUUAUUUUUGUUGAAUAAUAAAAGAGUAAGAAUAAAUAUCAAACCAGAAAUUGCUCUCUUCAAACUGUAAAUUAUAAAUGAUCCUAAGAGAAUAUUCAGUGUGUUAAGGAUUUCCCUGCUGUACUGUUAGCUCUAUACAAGAAAGGAAGGGCGAUUCUUUUUUAAUUUCCGUUUCGCUGACAUAGCUUUAGCAGAAAUAUAAAAAUAGCAAUAUCGCUCUCCGCGUCUUCCGCCAUUUUUUUCUGCGUCAAUUCGUGAAGGACGCGUGGCUCUGAGCGUGGGUCAUCCACGCGGAACACAUUCGCGCUAUAUGAUUGUCUGUUGUCUAAUCCCCCUUGGGAUCUAUGGUCUUAAAAACAACUCGAGACGAAUUACCUAUAUGGAAUAGGGUGUGUAUGGGGGAUGCCUUCUCUGUCCCCUUUGUCCUCUCUUGGAUUAGACGUAUCACUUUCAAAUUUGACAGUUUUACUAAUUUUAAGGCGCUCUUUUCAGUAGUGUCGACGGAUUUUCUGUAACUGGCCCUUAUCAAAAUGUGAAAAAACCGCCGUGGAAGGAACUAUUGUAUUGUAUUUGAACACGGUUAAUACGGACUCAAAGAGGACACAUGCCAUGGUGUCCGCUGGUAUUAACUGCGGAUGCCCGUAUUAAGCGGCCUCUCAUGUUUUAUCGGUAUGAAGGCGAAAGUAGACAUUUUUACGAGGAAACGUCGUUUAAUUUCUAAACUGUAUCCGUAUGUAACAAAAUCAUCCUGAAGAAACCUAACGAUCUUUUACCAUAGUCUCGGACUUAAAUUACUUUUUUAGAAGAACAGUAUACCCCUGACUGCAAAUCAAAAAGAUUUGUUUUAGCCUUAAAAAUGGGGCUGUUUCAGUAAGUAAAAUAUAAUACAGUACUAUUUUUUCCCUAAUUUGUCUCCGUCAAUCUUAGCAUAUAAAGUUCAAUGACCUAAAACCGAUUUGGACCCAUGGGCUGAGAAGAGUCACAGCGUGGGCUAGAAAAGGCUUUUGAUGGGGCCCUUUGGAUGGGGGCCUUUUGGUCUAAAUAAUGCUCAAAUGGCGCCAGGAGGGCUGAAUCAGACUUAAGCCUGCUGGACUAAAUUAGCUCUCUGGGGGCUAAAACAGAAUUUUUUUAAUUGCUGCCGCAGUGAGCGAGCCUGAAGGGAGCGAACGAGGCAGCUCUCUAAUCUCCAAAAAAUUUCAUUAUAGGGGCAUUCAAUCACUUUUUUUACCAAACGCAAGGAAUUGUAGUUAUGCGCGACUCAAAGAUUUGGGAUGCGCAAUGGACUCGCAAGGAAUUGUGGUUAAGUGUAAAUGGACGAUUUGGGAUACUCAAUAGACUCGCAAGGAAUUGUGGUUCUGCUCGAAUGGGAGAUUCAGAAUGCGCAGUGGAUUACCACGUGCUUUCUUCUUACACUGAUUUUCAACUGCAAUUUAAAUAAUUUGCAAUCUCGUUAAAGCAAAGAAACAACAGGUCUAAUUAGAAAACAAAAAAAAUUUGCACGUGCUGCACAAUUUUGCGGCUGGCCGACACUUGUCGACCGAGAAUCGAAAGCAUUCAUGAUAAAUUUAUCAUAGUCGAUGCCAAGGCAGAAUGAAAGAAAAGUUCGAAACCUCUAUAUAUUUGGGUUGGUUUUUGGAAAACAGAACAGGCUAAGACCAGCAAAAUAUCGUAGCAUAUGGACAAAGAAAUAGCAUCACUGCAUGGAGCAAACAGCCGUUUAAUAUCGUUAAAGAAUAUUUUCACAAAAUGCAAUAUUUUAUAAGUCCGAUAUUUUGACUAGAGUGAUUAGGGUUAAGCACUGAAAAUACUAACUGAAGCACUAACCACACUGAUUAGGGUUAAGCCCUGAGAAUGGUGAUUAGGGUUUAGCAGUUAGCUUCUAUUUUGGGUUGGGGUUUACGCUAUAAUAUUUGAAUAAAAUCGCCAUCUUGCAGAGAAACCACGGUGGUCUAGUAGUUAGAAUAGUGGUAUGCAGACCCUAUGCUCUGGGAUCGAAUCCGCUCAUAUUCGAGUGAAAUUUUUUUUCCUUUAAACUUGAAGAGACUAACACUUUGACAACAUUAAUAUAUUUGUUGAUCAUAAACUAAGUCUCUCACAGUCUACUCUUACUCGACGUAUGAUAGUUUGGUCUGGCUGGGAUUCUUCGAUUUGAAAAAAAUUAUUGAAAAAAUAUCGGACUGCCGGUCAUUUAGUGUUUUGAAAAUCUUGAGCGGUUACCGGCCAUAUAGGGGUCAUAUAGCGGCAGCCUUUACUCUUUUCUAAGCAAAUUUCCUUCUGUUUUAAGAGGGAAUCACACAAGCAGUAUUAGAGCUACGAGACCGAAAUUUUUGUGUCAUGUAGUUAUCAAAAAUUGAACAUAACUGUUUAAAUUGGUGUUUGAUUCGUGACAUGGUUGGCCAAGUUAAUGUUGUGUUUUCAUGGUCGUUUCUUGUAGCGCAGAUCACAGUCGAACAAAUUUCCUUAAACUUGGAAGAUGAAAUAAACAGUCUUAAACUCAAGAAUUUUAAGUUUCGUGGAAAUCGCUCGAUUUUUUUGCGAACAGAAAGACUGAACACUAUAGUUAGAAAAUUUGCUCGUAUCGCCAAAUCAAAGCUUCAAAAUCAGUUUCAGUCAUUCAGUCACGGUUGAAAGCGAGAAUGAUUGAUAUACAUAUCAAAAAUCGAGAAUUAUCUGGCCACUUCUGACGCGACGCGAGCACGUUAGAAAAAUACUAAAACUGGCUCAUAAUUAAGUUAGUUAGCAAUUAAUGAAUGAGGCUGAGUAGGAUAUGAAGAAUUAAGCGGAUCGAGGAAGGUGUUAUCCAACGAGGCCGUAGGCCGAGGUGGAUAACACCCUUCCGAGAUCCGCUUAAUUAUUCAUAUCCUACGAAAGUCGAAUUCAUUAAUUGCUUUAUUAUUCAUCAAAAUAUUUUCAAACACUUAAAGGAGAAAAUGAGCUUUAUUUUCACAAAUUUCACACCCUCCAGCAAUAUACUGAGAGCUAAAGUUAUUUUCACUCCGUAAAUUUUGAUGAAAUGUAUAAAUAAAAUCUCUCCGUCAGAAAUUUAACAGACAUCGGGGUUUAAAAAAUCAAUCCUGUUUACGAUAAUUUAAUGCGAUUUUUACAGAAAUGUUACUGUGCAGUUGUAGAAAUUAAACUGCUUUGUGCUUUGGUGGGAAUGGUUGUGAGUUUGAACGUUCAGAUCUCGUAAAAUGAAUUCUUCCUCGGAAUUUGUUAGCAGUCCAAGUUCCUCAUUUCGAUCAUUUUCGCCUGUUUCAGAAGCCACGACAUUGUUUUUGUUGUUGUCAAUUACAGCUAUAAGGCUGCCCGCCAUGUUUGUUUUUGUGUUUGUUUCGGUUUUGCUGUAAGUUUUUAUGCUGCUUUCGUUUCUGUGUCCGCUUACCGACAUGAUGUGUCGCGCUUCAAAUCCACUUCUGUCGAGUAUAGUUAUGGUCGUCGCUCUGAUUGAAUGAUUUGUGUAUAUUUUUGACAACUCCGCUUGGUGUGAGAUGACUUUCAUCUUCUUGCCGAGAGUGUUCUCGCCGACAACCAUGUUGUCAUACCAAAUUUCUCCUUCACCAGCUGACUUUUUUGGUCGCUGAAAAAGGUAUUCAUUCAUUGGAUUCAAGACACUCAAAUAUUUUUCAAAGGACGAGACCGGGCAAAAAGGACCAUCUUCAGCUUGAACGUCGUGUGCUCUGUGAUUUUUUGUUAGUUCAUCGGUUGUUUUCACAACACAGCGUUUUCCUUGCGAGUUGACUUUUAUUUCGAAGUCAGUCUUUUUAAGCUGGCGAAGAUUUUGCCGACCACGCCGACAGAAAAAUAACAUUAUUUCAAAGAAAACCUUGUUUUGAAGACUGGUAGGAUUUUCAGUAUUGAAGACACCGCAUCGAUACAAGUUCCUGAUGUCUUCAUCAGCAAUUGGAGGUUUGGGUUCAGUUUUCGCUAGUCCUUGCUUCUUCAGCUCUACGCCCUGUGCUUCAUAAAUUCGGUUGGCUUAGUUAAAUUCCGUAUCCUUUAUAAUGUCCAUAUUUAGUUCUUGUUUGAAGUGGCUACACAAAGCAAAUCUGAUGGAACAGAGGGAGUUCUUUGAGUACAUCUGUCCAUCUUUCUUUCUCGCCUCGGCGUAAAACUUUCGUAAAACUGCCGCUAACUCCACUGCAGUUGAAGGAUUUCUGAUGUUUUUCUCCUUGAGGUACGACUCAAAAAUUAAGCGAUGGUAUUUCGUCAACUUUUUGGUAUUCUCACUGUCUUUAUCAUUGAGUAACUGGGUGAUAUUUUCUUCGCUCAAACUUGUAAACCUACUCGCAGCCAUUUCUGAUGUUUGUCUGCCAAAAAUAACACAAACUCGUCUCCAGGUCUUCUCGGUUAACGGUGCCUUAACCUGCGAAAACGCUGCAUUUUUGACGUCAUUUCCUCGUUAAAGUCAAAAUUCUUCCAAAUUUGGUCAUCAGUAACUGGUUAUGGCGAAUUAAACGUGUGGUUUUAGCCAAUCAGAAUCGGGGAAAUAUUUUGAAUGAAUAAUAAUCACCUUUAACGCGAUACUCAAAAGGAAGAUAAUUUCUAAAUUUAGGUCAUCACUGACAAAGAUUUUGGAUUAAGCCCUCUUAGCCUCACAUCACCUUCUACUAACAACUUUACACUUAAUUUUUCAUUUCUUCACUAUUCCUUGCCUACGGCAGCAUUUCUACCCUUUAGGUAUACCAGUUUACGGUGUAACACGUCAGAGGAAUCCGAGACUCAAAUUUGUAUUCACGUUUUUGGUGGACUGAAUGUUAGAAAAAGCCUUUAAAACGCCAUUUGCCGUUUUUGUUAGGUUUUCGGUUUUUGGUUCGACUGAUCACGAUCAUUUUUGAUCCAACGUUGAGCUUACAUUGAUCGUUCACGGUUUUUGCAGUGGUUUUUCAAGCCUAAUAGUUUACAUUACUAGUAGGAUAUUCAGUCAUAGAGGGUGCUCAGAUAAACAGUGUCUUGUAAAGCGAGGUUGACUAUAUAUUGCAGUAUACAUGUAUAACUCGGGACUUCGGAAAAUGCCCAUUGUCCGUAUCAAUCUGUGUCCGUAUAGUUGUGUCCGCUUUAAGCGGGUUAAUGUAGAGAAACUAAAUGACCUUUUGGUCGGGCCAAAUGAACUGUCCGAUACGGGUCUCCAAGGCCUAGCGGGGUUCCAAUGUAGCAUAUACUCUACGUUGUAGUGACAUUAUGCCCUACUUCUUCUACUGCACAGAUAAUAGCGUCCAUUCAAGGUGAAUCACAAAACGCUUCUCUAAAAAUUGACGAUCUGUUGUGGAAAAAAUGUGUGUUGUUUUUGGGAAAACAUAAUAAAAAACAAGCAGCGUUGAAAGCCAUUGCGGGGCACUGUGUUUUCAAAAUAAAUGCUUCCUUCUAUUUAUUUGCUAUUUUAUUAUUCAAUUUUUUUUCUCUCGACUUUUACAGGAAUAUCCCAGAGAAAAUUUCUUUGAAGAUAUAGAAUUUGAUGUAAGUAAAAUAAAAUACAGUACUAUUUCUUCUCUAAUUUGUCUCCGUCAAUCUUAGCAUAUAAAGUCCAAUGACCUAAAACCGAUUUGGACCCAUGGGUUGAGAAGAGUCACAGCGCGGGCUAGAAAAGGCUUUUGAUGGGGCCCUUUGGAUGGAGGCUUUUUGGUCUAAAUGAUGCUCAAAUGGCGCCAGGAGGGCUGAAUCAGACUUAAGCCUGAAUGACUAAAUUAGCUCUUUGGGGGCUAAAACAGAAUUGUUUUUAAUUGCUGCCGCAGUGAGCGAGCCUGAAGGGAGCGAACGAGGCAGCUCUCUAAUCGGCAAAAAAAAAUACAUUAUAGGGGCAUUCAAUCACUUUUUCUUACCAAACGCAAGGAAUUGAAGUUAUGCGCGACUUACCGAUUUGGGACGCGCAAUGGACUCGCAAGGAAUUGUGGUUCAGUGCAAAUGGAAGAUUUGGGAUGCGCAGUAGACUCGCAAGGAAUUGUGGUUAUGCUCGAAUGGGAGAUUUAGAAUGCGCAGUGGAUUACCACGUGCUUUCUUCUUACACUGAGUUUCAACUGCAACUUUGAAUAAUUCUCAAUCUCGUUAAAACAAAGAAGCAACAGGUCUAAUUAGAAAACAAAAAAUCUUUGCACGUGCUGCAUUUUUUUGCGGCUGGCCGACACUUGUCGACCGAGAAUCGAAAGCAUUCAUGAUAAAUUUAUCAUAGUCGAUGCCAAGGCAGAAUGAAAGAAAAGUUCGAAACCUCUAUAUAUUUGGGUUGGCUUUCGGAAAACAGAACAGGCUAAGACCAGCAAAAUAUCGUAGCAUAUGGACAAAGAAAUAGCAUCACUGCAUGGAGCAAACAGCCGUUUAAUAUCGUUAAAGAAUAUUUUCACAAAAUGCAAUAUUUUAUAAGUCCGAUAUUUUGACUAUGGUGAUUAGGGUUAAGCACUGAAAAUACUAACUGAAGCACUAACCAAACUGAUUAGGGUUAAGCUCUGAGAAUGGUGAUUAGGGUUUAGCAGUUAGCUUCUAUUUUGGGUUGGGGUUUACGCUAUAAUAUUUGAAUAAAAUCGCCAUCUUGCAGAGAAACCACGGUGGUCUAGUAGUUAGAAUAGUGGUAUGCAGUUCCUAUGAUCUGGGAUCGAAUUCGCUCAUAUUCGAGUGAGAUUUUGUUUUCCUUUAAACUUGAAGAGACUAACACUUUGACAACAUCAAUACAUUUGUUGAUCAUAAACUAAGUCUCUCGCAGUCUAUUCUUACUCGACGUAUGAUAGUUUGGUCUGGCUGGGAUUCUUCGAUUUGAAAAAAAUUAUUGAAAAAAAUAUCGGACUGCCGGUCAUUUAGUGUUUUGAAAAUCUUGACUGGUUAUAAUUACCAGCCAUAUAGCCGCAGCCUUUACUAUUUUCCAAGCAAAUUUCCUUCUGUUCUAAGAGGGAAUCACACAAGCAGCAUUAGAGCUACGAGCCCGAAAUUUAUGUGUCAUUCUGAGUUAUCAAAAAUUGAACAUAAUUGUUUACCGUAAAUUUGUGUUUGAUUCGUGACAUGGUUGGCCAAGUUAAUGUUGUGUUUUCAUAGUCGUUUCUCAAACCUAUCUUGUAGCCCAGAUCACAGUCGAACAAAUUUCCUUAAACUUGGAAGAUGAAAUAAACAUUCUUAAACUCAAGAAUUUCAAGUUUCGUGGAAAUCGCUCGAUUUUUUUGCGAACAGAAAGACUGAACACCAUAGUUAGAAAAUUUGCUCGUAUCGCCAAAUCAAAGCUUCAAAAUCAGUUUCAGUCAUUCAGUCACGGUUGAAAGCGAGAAUGAUUGAUAUACAUAUCAAAAAUCGAGAAUUAUCUGGCCACUUCUGACGCGACACGAGCACGUUAGAAAAAUACUAAAACUGGCUCAUAAUUAAGUUAGUCACCUUUAACGCGAUACUCAAAAGGAAGAUAAUUUCUAAAUUUAGGUCAUCACUAACAAAGAUUUUGGAUUAAGCCCUCUUAGCCUCACAUCACCUUCUACUAAUACCUUUACACUUAAUUUUCCAUUUCUUCACUAUUUCUUGCCUAUGGCAACAUUUCUACCCUUUAGUUAUAGUAGUUUACGGUGUAACACGACAGAGGAAUCCGAAACUCAAAUUUGUAUUCACGUUUUUGGUGGACUGAAUGUUAGAAAAAGCCGUUGAAAGGUCGUUUGCCAUUUUUGUUAGGUUUUAGGUCUUUGGUUCGACUGAUCACGAUCAUGUUUGAUCCACCGUUGAGCUUCAUUAAAAGCUACGGUUUUUGUAGUGGUUUUUCAAGCCUUAGUUUACAUUACUAGUAGGAUAUUCAGUCAUAGACGGUGCUGAGAUAAACAGUUUCUUGUAAAGCGAGUUUGACUAUAUAUUGCAGUAUACUUGUAUAACUCGGGACUAUGGAAAAUGUCCAUUGUCCGUAUCAAUCUGUGUCCGUAUUAAGCGGGUUAAUGUAGAGAAAAUAAAUGGCCUUUUGGUCGGGCCAAAUGAACUGUCCGAUACGGGUCUCCAAGGCCGAGCGGGGUGCCAAUGCAGCAUAUACCCUACGUUGUAGUGACAUGCCCUACUUCUUCUACUUCACAGAUAAUAGCGUCCAUUCAAGGUGAAUCACGCCGCUUCUCUAAAAAUUGACGAUCUGUUGUGGAAAAAAUGUGUGUUGUUUUGGGGAAAACAUUAAAAAAAAAACAAGCAGCGUUAAACGCCAUUGCGGCGCACUGUGUUUUCAAAAUAAAUGCUUCCUUCUAUUUUUUUGCUUUUUUUCUUAUUCACUUUUUGUUUUUUUUUUCUCUUGACUUUUACAGCGGCUUGAAAGUCAUGUUUUGCCUUCAGAGAUAGAACAAUUGUCCAAAAUAGAUAUCCAGGAGGUGACAGACGAAGAAAGGCUGAGUGAAAUGCCAAAUGAACAGCAGAGGGAGACCAUGGAGAAGGACGUUGUUGAUAAAAUAGAAUACCUGUGCAAACAGGACUCCCCGAAACGUAGGUUAAUAGAUAAAAUAGACCAGAUAGAAAGGAUGACCGAUGAAAAAUUUAAAGCAGUUUUUGACGCUUUUCUACAGACUACAGGAAAGUCCCAGCGACACAAUGAUGAACAGGAAGAAUUUAGAGAUGAAGUUCAGAAACGAUUCAAUAAGCACGAAGAGUUCAUUCGAGACUACUUCGAGUAA